AAAAAGUCUGCGAUCGAGCGCGCUUCGCUCGUCUCUGGAAGAGCUAAACUUCCCCCUCUGCCGGGCCUACGCAGUCGGUGGAGAUCCGAUGUACUACUUACAGGAGCUUCUCUUGCAAGGCACAGUGUCCUAGGACUGUCACGAGCUAGUCGCGUUCGCCGGAGGACCGACGGAGAGUUGUUUGUUCCACGGCGGCCCGAGGAAGCUAGGAGAAUGGAAAGUGUUGUAGGGAAGAGUGUGAUUGUACAGGUCAGAGGUCAGCUGCUCCCAGCCGUCAUCAGAGCCUGCACUGAGCCUCUCACUACACUAACAUCUGACUUCUCUUUAGUUGACGUAUUGUUGGAGUGGGAGGGAGAGGGGGGAGAGGGGAAGGGGAGGAGGGAGUGGGUCAAGCUCUCCGAUUCCUCCAAGUGUCAGGCACUCUAUGUGGAGUCAAAGCUGCUGUGGGCCAAGAGAAUCAUCACCGCUGAGCAGCAGAGGAGAGCUGUUGCUUGGCCCUCCAAGUCUUUCAGCCUACUCUGCAGUAAUGAACAACAGUAUCCAGAGAUCAUGAUAGUCGAGUAUUUCUGCGACAGAGAAAGAGUGAGACUGUAUGUGCAAGACUCACUCAAAGAGACAAAGGAACUGCACCUCUCAGAGGCAAAGGGGACUCUAAUAAGCCAUCCCUACCUGUUGGCCGUUCUGGAAGAGUGGGAGGAGUCUCACAGAGACCACGCCCUCUUGGUCGGCGGCCAAGCCAAUCUCACUGGUCAGGCGGUCAGCAUAUGCAACACUCAGGGGGCGUGGCCUCGCUGGAUUAAUGGCAUCAUCACUUCACACAACCAACAGACAAAGGAGCUGACGGUGCAAGAGGAGAGGUCUCAGGCAGUUCGUAUGGUGAACCCACUCCUGGUGCACGUCGUUCUGAGAGCAACUGGAGGAGGUGAGGGAGGAGAUGGGAGUCUCCAGAGAACCAACUCACACGGACUACAACAGAUGUCGUCACACAUGAGUAAUCCAGACCUUCUCCUGGACAGCAGUGGAGACUCCGCCCUCCUCAGCCCGCACCUCCCAAGCCCCGCCCUGCAAGAGACGACCAGUCCCAUCUUCCCCGCCCUCUCCUCCUCCAUGUCGCCCGUCACCGCCUACCGCACCCCCUCCAUCGACCUCCACCGACGCUCCAGUCUCCAGACAGCGGAAGCCUCGCGCAUGUCUGAACCCAAUAUCUUCCGUCGCAGCUCUCUGGACCAGCAGAAGAUGCUCUUCAGCUACCACCAGGAGGGGAACGCCUACACCAGCCCCCUCGUUCACUCCCCAACCUCCAUGAUUCUGGGGGUCCCCAGGGGCUCCGCCACCAUGAACCAUCUUACACAGGACCCCUCGGGUCUGGCGUCCCCCCAGACCCCCCUGGCGGCUGCAGAGAGGUCUAAAUCUCUGGAGAACAUCUCUCACUCCCUUCAGCCCAUGCCCAGCCACCCGUUCAAGAGGAGGAUGAGUGCUCAAGUCCCUCUGGCCAGUGCCUUUCCCAGCAAGAGACCGAGGUAUGACAUGGUUCAGUCCACCAUCAGAGGAGAUCUUCGGUCGUCCCCAGAACCCGCCCUCCCCUCCUCUCUCCAUCGCUCCAUGUCCCUCUCCGCCCUCUCCCGUUGCUCCCAACACCCCUUCGGCCUGGGUGGGCGGGGCCGCCACUCCACCUCCGAUAACCAUGACGACGAACUAGACAUGAUCAAGGAGAUAAUUGACAGGGAUGACAGUCUCGUUGGCCACCAGCACUCACUGACGGGCCUCCCUGCGGAGCUGAGUGUGUCUCUCCCCGUCUUGUACCCGUCUGAAGGUCUCCAGGUCCUGCACGCCUACAACAGCGCCCCUGUAAUUGCACACACCUCCUCUGCCCCGCCCACUGGACACGCCCCCCACAAGCCCAAUACAUCCAUGGCAGACUCACUCCUUCCUCCCGGUCUCAUGUCGGGUCUGAACGGAGCCAUCUCUGACUUCCUCACGGACACUCUCCCUUCUCACAAGGACGGGUUCGGGUUCUCCUCUGACCUCUUCUCUUUCUCCGCCCCUCACUCCGCCUCCAACACCCUCCAUCAGUACACACAAAACCUAUCAUCCGGUGCUUCCGCCCACCCCACCCCUUCUGACUCCACCCAAUCGUCAAUUGACCAUGAGAACAAGCCGUCGUCACUUACUAAUUUUAACCCUGGGAACACCAGACUUCCAACGCCGCACCCCCAGUCGCCAACCCUCUCCGAGAUGCUUCAGACCACGCCUGACUCUGCCUCUUCCUCCUCCCUCCUUCGCUCUGCUCUCUCUGCACCAGUCUUCCCCCCACCGUCCUCCUCCUCCUCCACCUCUCUGGGUGACAGGAAGACAGAGCCAGCGCAGGUGGCCGGAGACCCUGAGGUGUUGUGUCCUGGUGGGACGGGGAGGAGGAGGAAGAGGAAGGAAGGAGUCAUGGUGGUCGACGCAGGAGAGGGAGGAGGGGGAGAGGUGGUAGGGGACGGAGGAGAAUUGGACAUUGCUGUCAUUGUUAACCAGCACGCCGGUGUCACCAGCUCGGCUGAAAUCUCUCCUGAGGAGGGAUCAAGAGGGGACAGUGGGGAGGGAUCUGAGAAAGAGAGCGGGGGGAGGGGCAAGUCGGCCAGGAAGGUGGCAAAGGAAACGAAAGGCAGAGCCAAGAGAGGGCGGGGCCGGCCGCGACUGACGGAGGAAGAGAAACAGCGGAGGAAGGAGUUGAGGGAGCUGGGGCUGAUGAAAAGGAGUCAUCGGAGGACCAAAGAAGAGGUGGCCCAGUGGAGGGCAGAGAGGAUCCUGUCGCCAGCCAAGAGAGGCCGCAAACCAGGCUCCGGGAAGAAGAACGUGGUUAAGGCAGUCACGGGGAAAGAGGUGUACGUGACAGUGGAUCUGUCCAAGUACGAGCCGGGGACGGUGCUGCUCCAGAACGGCUUCUGCCGGGCGUUCCCAGGCAUGCCUCGCUGCAUGGAGUGCGGGACGUGUGAGGGAGACCUGCCUUCUAACCGCUACUGCAGAUUUCUGGAGUUCAGAAAAAUCCGUAUCUUGGACACAGCAGAGCCCAAACUGCAGGUGGAAGGGUUUGCCAACUACACCGACGUCCAGGUGUCAGACCUGGUCCCCUGGACACCUCUCAAGGCUGGCUACAGUCACGUGGACACUGACUCGGCCCUCUUCAUCUCCAGAGAGUGGCUCAGCAGUUCCUGGGUGUGGUGGCCAGCGAGGCCUCCACACUUCCUGACGGAGAAGUGACUCCGGUGUGGAAGAGAGCAGUGCAGGGGCUGAGGGAGAUCUGUGACACGUGCGACACAGCCAUCUUCAAUUUCCACUGGAUCUGUCAGCACUGUGGGUUCUGCGUGUGUCCUGCCUGCUACCAGAUGGCCUGGGAUCUUGAGGAAGGAUACGAUGUUCCAAGUUUGUCUCACAGAGGCUGGCCGCCGUGUACCACCGGCACCCUCCCCCACCUCCCCUCCUCCCUCAUUGUGGCUCAGAUCAUUCCCGCUGACGUCCUAUCAGAUGUGCUGUUGCGAAUGUUGAAGGUCUGUGAGACUCACCAUAUAAGGCAGGAGGUGCCACGCCCACUCCAGACGAUGAUCAACCUAAUCAGUCGGCAGACGCCUCAGUCGAGAUUUCCACAACAGUCGCAAGGGGAAGGGCUCGAAACAUGGCAGUGGAAGACCCAGUGUGGACUCUGCAGGAGGUGGAUGCAACGAGAGCUCCCUGGAAUCACCCCCCGAGCCCCUCCACCCCUCCAUCCUGGACACCUCUCCUCGUCCCCUCCCCUCCUCCUCUUCCUCCUCCUCCACGGCGGCCAACGGACGAGAGGAGGUUGUCUUCCCGAGUGGCGUGGCUCACUCCUGGCUCUGUAACAACACCCUCCUCUGUCUCCAUGACCCCUACCACCCCGACAACAUGGCCGCCUUCCAGCACCAGUGGAGGGAAGGCAGGCCAGUGGUGGUGGCUGGAGUAAACCGGGGUCUCACUCCAGACAUGUGGACUCCACAGUCCUUCAGUAGAGACUUUGGCGACGACUACUCCGAACUCGUCGACUGCAUACGAAGCGUCCCGCUGCCCCACUUCCCCAGCAACGUCUUCUGGGAUGGCUUUGAGGACAUGAGUUGCCGCCUCAGAGACCCCGCCUCCGGAGAGCCACGCCUACUGAAACAGAAGGACUGGCCACCGGGAGAAGACUUUUGUGAGAAGUUGCCAAAGAGGUUUGAAGACGUAAUGGCUGCGUUGCCUCUACCUCACUACACCAGGAGAGACGGGAAACUAAACAUGGCCUCCAGUCUUCCCGACUUCUUUGUCAAGCCUGACAUGGGCCCCAAGAUGUACAACGCCUAUGGCUCCCCAGCCCACCCCUCCUGUGGCACCACAAACCUUCAUCUGGACAUUUCUGAUGCUACUAAUGUCAUGGUGUACUGCAGUGUGGCAGUGGGGGCAGAGGAGGACGAGGAGAUGAUCAGAGAGACAGUAAAGAACGAGUGUUGUGAACAGACCUACUGGAGAUGUACCUCAUCAACCCCCCUCACAGUGGGAGCCAUGUGGCACAUCUAUGCUGCCGGGGACACGGACAAGAUCAGAUCAUUUCUCAGUAAAGUAAGUUCCACCGGAAACUCAUUCCUAGCUUGGCAAUUGUGCUAAUUUGCUGGCUGCACUUUACAAAAAUUCUAUCAUUUCCCACAAUGUGGUAUACACACCUCUCCAAGGACAGCAUGCAGAAGAAUAAAGACACGUCACUUGUUCUGGCUAUAUAAUUAUUAGUGUCCGGAUUAGAGGAGUUCCACUGCAUGUGCCCGUAUGACUGUAUUGCGCAAUGUCUGGUUCCCAUGACAACCAGGUGCUGGAGGAGAGAGGUGUCCAACAGAUCCUGGGUACGGAUCCGAUCCACGACCAGCUAAUCUACCUGGACUCUGACCUCCGGAGAAGACUGCAUCAGGAGCACGGGGUGCAGGGCUGGGCCAUUGCGCAAGCUGUUGGAGACGCCAUUUUUAUUCCUGCAGGGGCUCCCCAUCAGGUCCGUAAUCUGUGCAGCUGCAUCAAGGUGGCCGAGGACUUCGUCUCGCCAGAGCACGUUCAGGAAUGUGUCAAGCUGACCGAAGAGUUUCGACUUCUCUCAGACAGACAUGUUAAUCACGAGGACAAGUUACAGGUCAAGAACAUCAUGUACCACUCGGUAAAGGACGUAGUGGGAAUUCUCAGCUCAUCUGUCAAAUAGCAAACGGCUCUGUUACCACACGACACUCUGUGUCUCUAUGUUUUUGUCCGUCUUUUCCGUCGGUUUCAUUUUAUGUACAACUAUUCUCCAACUCCAGCUGCACACUUGGACCUCCAAGUUAUUAUUCAUGUAUAAACAUCCAACCAACAUAUACUUUCAGAUUCCAAACUUGUAAACUGCUAGUAUACUAGUGCACAGCUCAGUAAACUACACGUCUGGUCUAUGGCGGGUCCAUCAUCAUUACUUCAAACAUUCAAUAUUAAAAAGGUAUAUAAAUAAUGACUUAUAGCGAUACAACAAGUACACAUCACAGAACGCAAGACAUGAGUUGACGCUAUUUCUUUGGCAGAAGAAAUGGAGGAAGAGAGAGGGAGGGAGAGAGAGAGAGAGAGAGAGAGAGAGAGGGGGAGACUGAACAAGUGUGAGCAUGAUUUCUUUACUGAUGAUGACUGUCCAAUGUAAAAAGUUGCCAGAACAAAUCAAAAACUGCAGUCUCAGAGUAUAAUAUGCUGUGAGACAGUGUGUGUGUGUGUGAUGGUGGGCUCUAUUUAGCACUGGUGAGUGCCGGACUGGGGUGAAUGGAAGAGGUGGAGGGUAGCGAGAGGUCAGGGGGCGUCCAGGAAGUGAGGGAGGGAGGGACCAGAGUGGCUGACAGGAACGCGGGGUCUGGAACACAGGUGGGUGGGGCAGUGGGUGUGGUCUCACAGGAGCUGUCCGAGGAGCCGUAGUGAGCCGGGGAAGAAGAGGAGGGUCCUCCGGGGGCAGGCAAUGUGUUGUCAACUCUCAUUAUCAUCCGCUCGUCCAACCCUGGCACCAGAUCGUCUGCAGCCUGGAGCAGGGUGGUUGCCUCGGCAGCGACCAUGAUAAACUGGCUCCGAGAGGCUGGGCUAUGCUGCGGAGGCUUCAUCUUCUUGGACGAGGAGGAGGAAGAGGAGGAGGAGAGAGGAGAGGGCUGCCUGGGGGGUUUCUCCUGGCAAGGGGUGAGAGUUACAGAGCAGGGAGGG